AUGUCGACGUCACGAAAAAGAUUCAAAUCCGAUCAUGACGAAGACUUAUUCUUGUUUAACUUAUCUGAACGUUUUCAUUCAUUUUGUUACCCGCAAAUGGAUGAUGAGACUUCUUCGACAUCCUUAGAUGAUCUUUGUCAACGUCUGAAUGAACAUGAUCUUCAGUACCGUUCAUCGAUAAACUUGAAUCUUCAGAAUUUGAAUCAAGAAAUUCUCUCCAACGAAGAAAAACUUUUUCAAUUAAAUCAAUCAAUUAAUGAAAUUAAGGAGAGCUUAAAUCAACGCAAACAGUACUUGAAACAAGCAAAACUAAAGCGUCGACAUCAAUCAGAUUACUUAACAAUGUACAAUGUAAUUAAUCGCUAUUCGUCCCGUGAUGUUUUACAAAAUAAAUUAGCCCAAUUGAAUGCCGAAUAUGAACAACAGAAAUCGGAGUUGAACCAUUUAAAUCAACGCUUGGUUAUUUACCAAAAACAAUCGAAAGUUGUAUUGUAUUCUCUACUCGAACUCGUCGGCUUCAUAGAUGUUAAAUUACCGAUUAAUUUUGAAGAUGAAAUUGGUCGUUUAGACAAUAAUCCAUUAUUAGAAAGUAAUGGAGAUCGAUAG